CUCCCAUUAUUGGAUGACUUACGAUCGCCUGGCCUCAUUUGUCCGCUUCCUGAACCUCAGAACAUAUAAUAUAACAACUGGAGCUAGACUGAUACUUUCAGCUCUCCAACAUGUGGAUCCUACCCUUACUAGGAUAUCUGGGGGUUAUUGUGGGGUUCUCAUUUCUUACUUUGGCCAUAGCUUCUGGGCUCUACUAUAUGUCGGAACUCGUAGAAGAACACACUGUUCUCGCCCGUCGCCUUUUGACUCGGUUGAUAUACAGCAUUAUCCUCAUCCAGAUCCUCCUAUUCGUGUUUGACCGGUUUCCUUUCUCUCUAUCCCUUCUCGGCAUCGGCUCGCACAUCGUCUAUGCAAGUAAUUUAAGACGCUUCCCCAUCGUCAAGCUAUCGGAUCCCUUUUUCAUUCUGUCAUGUGUCCUUGUUGGCCUAAACCAUUGGCUCUGGUUCCGUCAUUUCUCGAAACCUCUACCUGCAUCGCGAGCUGCAUCCAGCUGGCGCCAGCCAUACCAAAUCAAUGCGGAGGACAUGCCGACUUUCACUGAAGUUGCAUCUUAUUUUGGACUUUGUGUUUGGCUGGUCCCUUUUGCGCUCUUUGUUAGCCUCAGUGCAGGGGAAAAUGUCUUGCCCAGCAUAGGGUCCGAGUAUGCUACUGGUGAUCAUGUUUCAACCCCAGGGUUUGCUCGCAAUACUUUGACUUCAGAUGGGAAAUCCAAGAACAAGGGCAUGGCAAAGGCUCUGGUGGACAGUGUUCGGGACUGGGUCAAAGAAAAUGGUGAAUUGAUGGGGUUUUGGAGAGGUGAACGCUCGAAAAGGUUCUGAGGCGCUACAAAACUACGUAAUGGGUAUUUUUCUGGUCCCUGCUAGCCUGGUUAAUGUAUUUGUACUACGAUCACCAUCGACAGCGACUAUCUAUCGAAGAGCAGCAUGCGUGGGUUGAUUGGGCUCUGAUCAAACUUCACACACCUAUAUUAUAUACCUAGCUAGGCGGCAGAAACUUUGCAUUGCUUGAAAGUGCUAAGACGUAUUGAUGUAAAUAUAUAAC